AUGGCCAUUUUUACUGCUCCAACCUCCUUUCAGAAUGCACAAUCGCUGGUCCCCCGUCAGCUGUUAACCCAACAGCGACUAGGCGUGUCGCCGUCCAUUCUCGGCAAUCUGGCCCCCCAUUCAAGCCAUCCAUCCUUCGCCCACCUGAUCCUUUUGGUCUUCGAGGCCGUCCUGGAAGUUGUUUGUGUCAGUUUGCCCGGUUACAUCGCCGCCAGACAGGGCCUGUUCGACGCCGACGCCCAGAAGUUGGUCGCCAACCUCAACGUCAACCUCUUCACCCCGUGUCUAAUCUUCACAAAGUUGGGGUCCCAACUCACCGCGGAAAAGCUCAUUGACCUAGCCAUCAUCCCCGUCAUCUUUGUCGUCCAAACCCUGGUCUCAUAUCUCUGCGCAGUUGGCAUAUCGAAAUGUUGUCGCUUCAAGAAACGGCCGGCCAACUUCGUCACGGCCAUGGCAGUCUUCGGAAAUUCAAAUUCGCUUCCAAUCUCCCUGGUCAUGUCGCUCUCACAAACGUUGAAAGGCCUUCAUUGGGAUAGGAUACCAAACGAUAAUGACGACGAGGUGGCGGCGCGCGGGAUCCUAUACUUGCUCAUCUUUCAGCAGCUCGGCCAGCUCGUGCGCUGGAGUUGGGGCUACCACGUUCUCCUGGCUCCCCGAGACCGGUACCUAGAGGAGGGAGAAAGCGAGGGGGGAACAAGUAUCGAACAGGGCCAGGAGCGAUACCGUGACAAUCCCGAGCAAACGGAUCCGGAUGAGCCUUUAAUCAGAACUGGAUCGUCCGAGAACCUGGCGGAUAGUUCCUCUGCCGACUCGCACGACGAGGGGGUAUUCCAUUCGGGUGAGCAGACACCUGUGCUGAUACGCGCCUACUCGUACACAAAGCUAUCUCAGCAGGAUGGGGAGGAAGUGCAUAUCCACCACCCUUCCCUGCUUGGUCCUCCGCCCCGUGGACCAUUUCUGCCCCGCCAAAGCACUGGGGGCGAUAUUCUAUGCUUCCCUAGCGUCGAAGUGCCCCGUCGAGACACCGGAAAGCCAGGGGGGCUCAGCUCACGACUAAAGACAUUCGUAAGUCGCUUCUCGGAUGCGUUGGGGAAUCUAUCAGCAUCUAUAUUCCAGUGCCUACCGACACCCGUCCAGAAAACUUUAUCGGGCGUUGCGAAUUGGAUCGGACGAUUCUUCCGUGGGCUUUGGGCCUUCAUGAACCCUCCCCUUUGGGCAAUGCUGGUGUCCAUCGUCGUGGCAUCUGUGCCCGCGCUCCAGCGUCUCUUCUUCGACGAGGGCACUUUUGUGCAGAACUCGGUGACCCGGGCCAUCCAACAAAAUGGUCAAGUGGCCGUACCUUUAAUUCUGGUGGUGCUCGGCGCAAACCUAGCGCGCAACACGUUGCCUAAAGAGGCGCAACAGGACCUGGAGCAUCCCAAGGAAGAGAAGAAGUUGAUCAUUGCGUCUUUGGUGGCGCGCAUGCUUCUUCCGACCUUGAUCAUGGCUCCUUUACUGGCGCUUGUGGCGAAAUACGUCCCGGUUAGCAUUUUGGACGAUCCGAUUUUCAUCAUCGUCUGUUUCCUGCUCACGGGCGCCCCGUCGGCGCUGCAGUUGGCCCAAAUCUGCCAGAUCAACAAUGUCUACGUGGGCGCUAUGUCAAAAUUGCUGUUCCAGAGCUACGUCGUUUGGAUCCUUCCUUCUACUCUAAUUCUUGUUAUGUGUGCCAUGGAAGUGGUGGAAUGGGCGACCGCUGCGCCCUAA